UUGGAAGAUCUAUGGUAUUCAACCUAAAAUCACUUAAUUUUAAGGUAAAUUUUCUAUAAGUUACAAGAAACAAAGUUGGUAUGUUUUUUUUUUAAACAAAUUUUAGGGAGUACAAAAAAAUUUCUUUAAACAAUUUCUCAAUAACUAUAAAGCUGAGCUGCCGCCGGCUGCAGGGUCCACGGAUGCGCAAUGGCUUUUCUUCCUUCUUCUUCGACCUCUUCAUUAUCUUCCCUCCGAUUCCAUCCCCGACCCAGAAUUCCCAAACUACCCUUGUCUCAACCCUCUCUUUUAUUACCACCACAACAAAGAACUGCUCAUAAGUUUUCGUCAAUUGUCGUGGCAGCUCAAAACGACAAGAACAAUCAAUCAGUGAAGAAACAAAAACAAGAAGCGGAAGUUGAAGUUGAAGUUGUAAUAGAAGAAGAGUUGCCGUGGAUUCAAGAGAAAGCUUUGGACUUGGUAGAGUUCACUGGGUCUGUCACUCAAGCCAUUCCUGGACCCAGAGUUGGCCAAAGCAAAUUGCCUUGGAUUCUUGCUGUUCCUUUGGCUUAUGUUGGCGUUUCUUUCGUUAUUGCCUUUGUUAAGACGGUUAAGAAGUUCAAUUCUCCUAAAUAUAAACGCAAGAAAUUGGUCAAUAAGAAUGCAAUGCUAUGCAAAUCCAUAGAUGAGUUACUGCAGAAUGGAGGAAAUGAAUUACAAACAUCAGCUUUAAAAGACCUAAUGCAAAAGACAGGAUUUAGCAUGGAGGAUAUUUUGCGGAAGUAUAUUAGAUAUGCGUUGAAUGAGAAACCAUUCAAUCCAGAAUUAGUUGUAAGCUUAAUCCAGCUUAGAAAAGCUUCUGUGUUGGGUGACUCCCAAGUUGCUGAAAUUUUAAAUGAAAUCUCUGGGAGGAUUGUGAAGGAGAAAGGUCCAGUUGUCAUGGAUAUGUCAGGGUAUUCAGAAAAGGGAUUUAAGAGAAAACUUGCUGUGCAAGCCCUUUUUGGAAAGGUCUUUUAUCUGUCUGAGCUGCUGGAGUUCUGCUCAAGGGAUAGCUCGUUAAUUGUCAAGGAAAUAUUUGGAGUGACAGAUGAGGAUGCAGACAAACUUCGGCUUCAUACUCUCUCUGAAGCCGGAGAUAUGGAUUCGCUCCAAAAGAUGGUUAACGACUCAGAUUCUGAAGAUUCUGGGGAAGGCUCACCCGAUGCUUAGUGAUUGGCAAUAGCAUAUUGAAAGACUAUUCAAGUGAAGAGAAAAUUGCAGUUUUCCUCAACAGGAAAUGGUGCUUGCAAAUCUUACUUAGAAUACAUGCUCUACCAGGAUUUUAUAGACUCAGAAAAAAUUUUGUUGCGUUCUUCAUCCUAAGUUUUUGUGACCUUGUGAUUAUUAUUAUUAGAAACUGUAAUGCUGUGUAGUGAUCAAAAUGAGAUCCACAAGACAGACAGAAUGAAAAAAGUUCUAGAUUGAAGUUAAGUUACAUAUAUGUAAGCUCUUGUAUUAUUGUCUUAAA